AUGGUGGCCAACAACACAUCAAAUCUCUCCUCUGCGUGUGUCACUUCCAGCGAUGUGACCAUAGAUGUGGCUGUCUCGUACCUCUUCCUCCUCCUGUUCCCCAUUGCACUACUGUUCAACGGCGUGGCAGCGUGGGUGUCUUUGCGCCUUCGCUCCACCUCCACUUUCAUUGUGUUUCUUAAGAACCUAGUGGCCGCUGACCUGCUCAUGACUCUGACACUCCCGCCGAUGGCAGCUGGCAUGCUUCCUGGAGCAGCGGUUGGGUUAAAGGCGUUUGUCUGCCGUUACUCUAGUGUCAUUUUCUACUGCUGUUUGUAUACAAGUAUUGCCUUAAUGGGUCUCAUCAGCCUGGAUCGAUUCUUCAAAAUCGUCAGACCAUGGGGGAAGGUGCUGGGACAAGAUGUCACGUUUAGUCUUGUAAUGUCCACCUUGGUUUGGGUGGUGUUGUUCGGCAGUACAGCAAUCCCAACUAUCAUUCUGACUAACCGGGAUCCUGUUAAUAAUACAACAGGAGAUUUCUGUAUGUCCCUGAAAGGCCCAGCUGGUUUGACACUUCACAUCUUUGUGGUUUUAUUUAUGGAGACUAUUUUCUGGCUUAUCAGCAUGCUGAUUGUGUUUUGCUACAUCUGCAUCACCAUGAAAGUCCUGCAGUCCUUCAGAAACUCUGGGAGCAACAACAGCCAAGGAAAGAAAAAGACCAAACUGCGAGUCUUCCUUAUCCUCCUUGUGUAUUUUGUGUGUUUUGUGCCUCUCCACAUAAUGCGCCUUCCUUUUACACUUUAUGAACUCUUCAACAUUACUGUCUGCACUGAAAUGUGGGUGGUGAACGUUCACAAGGUAGUCCUGUGGGUCUCUACGACAAAUGCCUGUCUGGAUCCGAUUCUCUACAUCUAUCUGUGUAGGGAGUUCAGAGACAAACUGGUUGACAUGAUGAAAGCUGGAGGGAUCUGUGUUGGGUUGUACUCAGGUGAAAAUGAGGAUGUUUCCAAGGACAAAAAUUCUGUGGCUAGUCGUGAAAAUUAGUACUGUUAAGUAGAAUUGAUAAAUAAGAUGUUCUUAUGUUCUACUGAAAGUAGUCUUCCUCUCAGCCCACUUGUCUUUGUUGUGAUAUAACUCAGCCUUGUCUCACAUGGGGUUUUAAAGGGGCAUUUAAAUGAAUGAUGUC